GUAGAUUGUAGAGUUAGAGUCAGCCAGCUAGUUCCUCUUCAUUUCUUUGUUAUAUGUUUAGCAGUAAGACAGUAACGUUAGCCUCACUAAUUACACCUACCUAGUGAUCCGUAUCACAGUAGAAUCACGAGAUGCUGGUGGUGGAGGUGAGAUUGGAGCAAGCACGGAAUUAAAAACUGAGUUCCAGAAUUUGGGAAUGAUAACGAACCUCUACCAAGAUGCCAGCGCAGUUUUCAACAGCACAACCCAUCAUUUCAGCAAGAUCUCCGACAACCUUGCGAACAGUAAGAUCACAGAAAAUGUAUCCAAGAUCUCGGAGGCGAUCAACAAGAGACUGCACUUCCAGCACAGACUGAAUUGUGGAGCAUUGAACCAGGAGACAAACAAGAGACAGUACAAAAAACUCAGCCCUCACUCCCUCUACAGCUCACUCACAAGAUUAGAGGGUUUAGCGAUAAAGCAAGGAAUAAUCCCAGAGCUCGCCGAUGAGGACCUUGUAGUGACCAAAGUAAUAGGGAGGGGAGCAUACGGUGAUGUUCACGAGGGGCUACUCAGGGACCGGGAGACUGGAGCCCUGCACAACGUCGCUAUUAAAUCUCUCAAGAAAGGACGAGGGAUAAUGGUGGCUGCGUUUCUGAGAGAACUUCACAUUCUAAGAUUGUGUGGGACCCACCCAAACGUGAUAAAGUUCUACGGGGCCUUGACCUGUAACAGCCCGCGACCUCAGGUUAUUUUGGAGCUCUGUACUAAAGGAGACCUCUUCAGACUUAUCAGCCAAUGUACACCGUGUCACGAUAGGAAGACCAUUUAUGGAUCUGUUAAAGACGGAACAAUGUUCACAUUUACACAAAUCUUUCAAAUGCUCAGAGACGUCGCACAUGGUUUGGAACACCUCCACAAGAAGGGAAUAGUACAUCAGGACUUGUCAGCUCGGAACAUUUUACUGGACGAGACGUUCAGACCCAAAAUAUCAGAUUUUGGAUUGUCGUCUCACCACGUGGAGGUUAGAAGGGAACAUGAAGCAAAACAGGGCGUGGCUAUCCCUGUGAGGUGGGCGGCUCCUGAACUGGUUCUGGAGAGAGUUUACUCAGAUAAGAGUGACAUUUGGUCCUAUGGUAUUCUGAUAGGGGAGGUGGUGUCUUACGGGGACGUUCCCUGGCCCAAACUCUCUCAGACUGACAUCAGACGAGCUAUGAAGAAACGAGUCCCUCCCGAGCCUCCACACAAUACCUACUUUCCACUACAGCAGAUACUGCUGCAGUGUUGGGAAUAUGAUCCAGAGAGAAGGCCGGAGUUGCAACAGUUAGGGGAGGCUAUUGGGAACUUUAACGUCAGCAGAUAGCUCGGGAUAACACGUUUAGUAGACUGUCACUCAGACUGAUAACGCGUGAUCCAAACUGCAAUUAACGCGUGACUCAAUCAGAUAUGAAAUAUGGGCAAGAGACUUAUGGGUUCAACUUCAAGGAAUUUACACUCAAGAACUUUAUACUCAUAAUAGUUUUAAAGUUUUAAAAUUACCCUGCCUACAAAAAUAAUGCCUUAAAAAACUUAUGUCUUAAAAAUUAGAAUUUGUUUUAUUUCCAAAAAAAAUACAUCUUAUUUUUAUUCUUAACGUAUAGAAGUUACACUUACCAGAUAAAUUGGCCAAAAACCAUUAUUUAUUGAUAGUUAAUUUAUGAAUGAUUUAGGACUUAAAAUUUGUAUUUAUUAACAUUGGUAUUUGUUUUGAUAAGCCAUGGAAUCUUAACGAUAUAAUUCAGAAAACAAAUCUUUGAUAAGAAUUAUAUUUAUGAUUUUAUCUUUUCGUUUAUUUUAUAGCUGAUAUUAUUUAAUUAGUAAUCAUUUCAUUAUUUGAUAAUUAAGAUUUGGCGUAAUACAAAGUAGAAAACUGUUAAUUAAGGGAUGCAAAUGAGAACAGUGACAUAAUAUGUACAAUUAUUUACAAAGGUAAUCGCAUGACUUAAAAAUAUCCAAAAUACUCUUGUUUUAUUAUUUUUUAGACUUAAAUAAUCUAAGGAACUCUUCACAUAUUAUGCAGUUGUAUUUUCGCACAAUAUAGUCCUCCUGUGUUUCUGCAGAGCUAUAAUUUAAUCAUCGUUUGUAAAAUAUAUUUUCUCAG